CAAUCACAAUCCUCGUCAUGUCGACGCUAUACAAUCUGGAGCCGCAGCCGACGGCCAAAGUCCUGCUCAGUACCACUACAGGCGAUCUCGUCGUCGAAAUCUGGGCGAAACAGGUUCCUCUCGUAUCUCGAAACUUCCUCCAACAUUGUCUGAACGGCUACUACGAUGGCACAAUCUUUCACCGCCUGGUUCCUGGUUUCAUCAUCCAAGGUGGUGAUCCUACUGGUACUGGCUCUGGCGGUAUAAGUGCCAUCAACGAUGGUGCUCCUUUCCAGGAUGAGUUCCACUCGCGCCUCAAGUUUAAUCGCCGUGGCCUGCUCGGUAUGGCAAACUCUGGAGACAAGAACGACAAUACUUCGCAAUUCUUCUUCACACUGGACAAGACUCCUGAGUUGCAGGACAAGAACACCAUGUUCGGUCGUAUCGAGGGAGAUACCAUCUAUAAUUUGAUGAAGAUGGCCGAGGCAGACUUGACUUCUGAGGACUCGGACAGACCACUAUACCCUACUCGCAUUACGUCCACCGAGAUCCUGCUCAAUCCUUUCAACGAUAUGGUCAAGCAGGCCUCAAUCGCCAUUUCCACACCACAAGAAACAACCAAGGCUCCCAAGAAGAAACGCAAGGCCACAAAGACUCUCCUGAGUUUUGGAGGAGACGAAGGAGAAGAACCCGCAGCACCAGUAGUAAAGAAAGUAAAGGUCAACCCAAACUUCACCAGUGCUGCAUCUCAGCCCUCAGAAGUUCAGAACAACGCACCCACACCUCAAGCCCCCGAACAAUCAAAACCAAAAGAAAAGCCCGUCCGCAGAAAGUCGCCCACGAGAUCACCGACACCUCCAUCAGCAGCCACAUCGAAACCCGCCCCAGCUCCAACAAAACCCGCACCUUCACCAUCACCAUCUCCCUCACCAACGCCUGAACCAGAAACCCGCAAACUCACAGCCCUCGAACGCACAAAUGCCGAAAUCGCCUCCCUCAAAGCCUCCAUGAAACGCGGCAACACCACAACCUCUUCAGCGCCAGAAAAGAAACUGUCCGCCUUGGAAUCCAUGAUCCCUGCCUCUUCCACCCGCGGCCGCAAGAGGGGAAAAGCAAAAGAUGAUGCUUCUUCACUAUCAACAUUCAACGCAUUCAAAGCCCGAUUGUCCAAACUCCCCGCCGAAAAAGAAGCCGCCCCUGCUCCCUCUGCACCAACUGUGGAAGCAGAAAAACAAGCACAAGAGCAGGAAGAAUCAGCACUAGACUCCGAAGCCCUGCUCUGCGAUCUUCAUUUCAUUGCAAAUUGCCAAAGCUGUGGAACUUGGCAUGAUGAAGACGCUGCUGCUGCCAAAGAGGACGAAGACGAUAACGAUACCACUUGGAUGUCUCACGCAUUGAGUUUCGCCAAAGAUACGUUGGGUAAAGAUCUAGAGUGGAAGAGAAAAAUGGAGGAAUUCGAAGUUAUUGAUCCGAGGGAGAAGACGAGGGAGAUUGCGGGGGAGAAGGGAGGGAAGAAAGGGAAGGAGUGGGAUAGAGAUGGUGGCAGAGGGGGCAAGGGUAAGGGAAGAGCAUAGGAUAUCCCAGAAUCGGGCCUUUCAACCAAAGUUUAACACCUUGAUUCAUAUCUUCGAACUCUUUUGCAGGGGAUCAGUAAAGAAGCUGUGCUAUUGGUCUCUUUCGCUAUGCUCAUUGGAGGAACAGCGCCGGUCGAUCAAGACGGGACAAUGAUGACAAGCACUGUGUAGGGCAACACUCCAUCGCGCUAGAAGUACGUAGGAAUCGGAGAGGGCUGCUGUUGUUCUCUACAUAAUAAGGCAUGGGGAGAUCGCAGAAUAGUCCACUGCUGUAGUCGCAGCGACUCAUUCGCUCAGACCGUGUACACGAUGACUCAACGUAAAUUCUUCAUAUAGGUCACAGGAACAAAAGUGGUUGGA